AACUAGUUCAUGAAGUUUCCUUUUAUAGCUCCAAUUGUUUGCACAAACCCAGAGGAGCCGCCUGGCCGGAGAAACUGCCCAGUGGAGCAUGUGGAGCCUGGCCCCAGCCAGGCUGGAACAUCUCCCCGAAUUCUCCAGGGCCUGCAAAGUACAGCUGCACUCUGCAGAUAAUAAAUGGAGAGCUCUGGGAGGCCUGAGCAAGCAGAAUUGCUCAUUUUUAAUUCACAGCCUUGGAAAUCAGGGGGGUUUUGAGGUGAAAUUGUGCCCAGAGUUCCUUUGUCCCAUGGUCCCAGGGAGCCUUAGCACUGCCCCCGCAUUACAACGCCGGUUUGUCUGAGGUACCUGCACGUAAAGAACGUCCAGAGUCACCUCUGACUUCACUGCAAGGCGCAUAACCCCCUUUCUGGGGUUUUAUUGCCAGGUAAGGGACUCUGCUCAGUCCUUCCUGACAGUCCACGUCCCUCUCUACGUGUCCUACAUCUGUGUGACGGCACCGAGGGGCUGGGCUUCCCCGGAGCACCGCAGCGAGAUGGAGUUCUCCUUCUUCUACGACACCGUUCUCUGGAGGACAGGGAUCCAGACGGACAGCGCGCUCUCGGCCUGCCUGCAGAUAAUCCCCAUCUACAUCCGCGAGGACGGCCGGCCGGUCAUCGAGUUCAAGACGCAGGCCAAGUUCAGAGGGCUGUUUGUCAUGGAGCACCACAGCCUGCCAGGUGUCAGGUCCUCUUUGGUAACUCCAGAGCACCUGGGAGGCAUCGAAUUUGCCCUGCAGCUGCUGUGGAGCGCUCAGACUUUUGAUUCUCCCUACCAGCUCUGGAGAGCAACCAGCUCCUACAACAGGAAGGAUUACUCUGGAGGAUACACCAUCUUCCUGAUGCCCUGCACGGUGCAGCCCACGCCGCCGUGGGCAGAGCCUGGAGCCAAGCCCCUGCCCUGCCCUGCCCGGCUCACGCUCCCGAGCGUUGCAGGUUUUUGAUCCCGAUCGCCUUCCGGCAGACAAACCGCCCACUUCCAGUUGUUUACUCCCUGAACACAGAGUUUCAGCUCUGUAACAACGAGAAGGUUUUUCUAAUGGACCCCACCAAAUCGGAAAGGUCUCUGGCAGAAAUGGAUUACAAGGGGGCUUUAUCCAAG